CGCUUGUCCCUGCCAGCUCUCGCGCUUGGCAGUCAGCAGCGUCACCACCCGCAUUUCUCUCUGGCCCAGAGCUCUCGUCCUCGUCCUAAUAUCCGUCACCAUUUCUUUUGCUCCGGUCUAAUGUCGGCGUCCCAGCUUUUCCGUCAGUGCACGGCUUCGUUGUCUGCGCGGUCGCUAGCACGACCCGCGAUGCACGCUCAUCGGAGAGCAGUUAUGGGUGCAAGGUGGUACUCGGAAGGCUCCGCCGAGACUCAAAAAGAUGCUGCCCAGCCGGACGCUGCGUCAAAUCAGGGGUCACCGGCCUCAGGUUCAGCCGACUCUGAACUUGCGGCGAAACUGAAGGCGAAAGAGGAUGAAGUCACCGACCUCAAAAGUCGACUACAAUACCUCCAGGCCGACUUCCUGAACCUGCAACGGAACUCCGCCCGAGAAAAGGAGCAGACCCGAGACUUCGCGAUCACGAAGUUCGCCAAGGACCUCAUCGAGACGGUCGACGUGCUCGGCAUGGCCCUUAAAUCCGUCCCUCAGUCCCUCCUCACGCCGUCCCUUGACUCCUCACAUCCCGCCUCAUCGUCAUCGUCAACACCUACGCCCCCGCCUACCGAAAAGACGCCUCAAGCGUACCUGCAUGAGCUGUACACCGGCGUCGAAGCGACGCAGCGAUUGCUGCUUUCGACAUUGUUCAAGUAUCAAAUCAAGCCCUUCGACCCGACCGGCGACAAAUUUGAUCCGAACAAACACGAAGCGCUGUAUCAGGCGCCCAUACCGGGCAAAGAGCCGGGCACUGUCAUCGACUGCCAGAAGCAGGGGUACAUGAUCAAGGAACGGGUGUUGAGAGCGGCGCAGGUAGGCGUGGCUGCCGAGACCUCAUAGCUAGGGGCUUUUGGUGGUCUCGCGACGUGUUGAGGCCGGAGGUUACAUGUCCAAUUCAGCUGGACCGUAGACACAUGAGCUUACAUAUAAUUACGUUUUAAUCGACGACGACCCUCUACUCAUUUGUUAUAUAUAUCUGCAAUCAUCUUGCUCGC